AUGCUGUCUGCCUAUUUUUUGUUGAUUUCGGUGGCAUCUCUUGCAUCUGCAACUCCGGGAGUAUGGACAUCCUGGGGUGCUUUCGGAAGUGAAUGCACUGCCUGUCCGGAAGGUACGACUUAUGUUGGCCGCACUCGUGUGUGCAUUCCCGGAGAUGAUGGAUCUCUCUGCGAAGGAUCGAGAAUUGAAGAAACCACGUGCACUUGUCCAACAACUGGAGAAUGGGAAGAAUGGGGAGAAUGGUCUGAAUGUGAUAAGAACUGUGGAUACUGUGGAACAAUGACACGCGAACGAGUGUGCACCCAAGUUCCGGACUGCCCUGAAGUUACUUGCGAAGGAGAUGCCACGGAGACUGAAGCAUGUAGUACUUCUGAUGUUAUCUGCACCGGUGGAUAUGCUUGUUGCAGCUCUCCAACCAAGAGAUAUGUCAAGAAGUUGGAUGCUGUUAACAAAAGACUCUAUUGUGUAUUGUCGCCGUAA